AUGAGAUUGCCAACGACAACAGAAUUUCUGAUGUUUUUCUUGUUUCAAACUGCCGCAAUUGUCGCCUCGGAAGGGAACUGGAAAUCUCGCUAUUUUCACUUCAAAUUGCAGACAAACACUCAGCUUGUGGGAUACGUUGUCAAACGGUUUGAUUCUCGCAGUUUGUUAUCGUGCAGUCGAGAAUGUGUAAAGAAUUUAUGGUGUUCUUCCACAAACUUCAAGUUGUCUUCCGAGAAGGAUGGUGAAGGGGCUUGUGAACUGAACGAGCACGACAUCGCUGUUGUUGAUGAACCCAUCAAGUUUGUUGACCAGAAGGGAGUAGUUUUCUCACUACUACUAAAGGGAUGUUUGUUUUCUGGCUGCUUCAACGGAGGUUUGUGUUUGCCCAACGGGGAAAAACAAACAUAUUCAUGCUCGUGUAAGCUUCCUUGGACCGGAGACAGAUGUGAUAUUAAAAUGACGGCAACGACAUGCAAGGAAAUAUAUGACAACAAAUUUGCCAAUGACAACAGAGCUUACCCCCUACAAGUGGAUUCUAGGAGUUUUCUUGUUUAUUGUCACCUAACCAGCCUUGGCGCAUGCGGUGAAGGAGGCUGGACGCUGGUUAUGAAAAUAGAUGGCUCUAAGCUAACUUUUCAUUACGAUGCAAAUAUCUGGAGCAAUAAGGAAACCUUGAGCCUGGAUGGCGGAAAGACUGGCUUUGACUCACAGGAGACCAAGUUACCGACUUAUUGGAACACAUCUUUCACAAGGAUCUGUCUCGGUAUGAAAAUCAGUGAACAGAACAACUUCAUUCCUAUAGACAAGUCGGCUAGCUCACUGUAUUCACUAAUCGCAGACGGAACAUACCGCGCUACUUCCCUGGGUCGAGACGCGUGGAAGAAACUGAUUGGUUCACAGGCCUCUUUGCAGCUCAAUUGCAACAAAGAGGGGUUUAAUGUUCGUAGUUUCAGAUAUGACAGGUCUAAGGCAAGGAUUGGAAUUAUUAGUAAUAACGAGAAUGAUUGUCGGAGUGCAGAUUCAAGAAUUGGUUUUGGAACUGGGGGCUCCCCUUCCAACGAACUCACUUGUGGAAAUCGAGCCAGAUUUGCAGACGAUGAUAAUGGCGACAAAUUUAUCACAGCCAUGGGGUAUAUUCUAGUGCAGUGA